AUGAGAUUCUCUACCGUUACCGCCUGCCUGACUGCCUGCUUGGCACCGGCGGCGGCCUUCAGCGUUCUCAAUGGCAAGACUUCCGAUGUCACCAUCAGCGACGACUUGAAGAUUCCUGGCGACUCUCCUCUUGAGCUUUGCCCUGGAGACCACUCUGCCGACCUUAUCAAGAUUGAUAGCGUUGACUUGGCUCCCAACCCUCCCAAGGCUGGCCAGGAACUCUUGAUCAAGGCCAAGGGAUCGGUCAAGCAGAAGAUUGAGGAAGGCGCCUAUGUUCUUCUAACUGUCAAGUACGGUCUGAUCCGUCUUAUUAGCACCAAGGCCGACCUCUGCGAGCAAAUCGGCAAUGUUGAUCUCAAAUGUCCUGUUGAGGCUGGUAUAGUCGAGGUCACCAAGAGUGUUGACCUUCCUGCUGAGAUUCCUCCUGGCAAGUACACUGUGUUGGCCGAUGUCUUCACUGUCGACGACGUUCAGAUAACUUGCUUGACUGCGACUGUCGCCUUCUCCCGAAGCAGCAGGAGCUUCUUCGGAAGCGACCUGUAA